UCGGAACAAGUUUUAAAACUGUUUCACGAGGGGACUGUAAAUACUUGUGACCGAAUGCAGUAAAUGAAAAAAAAAACAUCGUUUUGUUUUCCAUCUUUUAUAGAGGGUGACCAUGUUGUUUUCUUGGGGCUUUUUGUGCUCAGUCUUCCUUCUGGGAGUCGAGGCCCAAUUCAACCCUCGCCCACUGAGUCAGAGGCAACGGCAGACCCCUGCAGUGGUGCUGCCCAGGAAUUUUACACCAAGGUCCGUGCGAGAAGCUUUCGAAAGAGCAGCCGAAGUCAUCAGAGGAAGAAGAGAAGGCUACCAACCGAGAUUGAGACCCGAAAACAAUAUUCCCGUCCAACGACAUCGGAGUUUCUUGGCGAGUCGACCGAGAUCAAGAAGGUUGGAAACCGUUCAAGAAAGAUUCGAAGAAGCCACCAGGAUCCUCCUUAUAGAGUUCAACUUGACUCCACAGCAAAUUAUGUUUGGACUGGCCGAAACGGAUCUGAAGACCAUGCUUCAGGGCAGUGAAGUGGACAACUGCGAACGACAAUUCAACUUCUCCUGCAGGUCGAGUGACAGAUAUCGAACAUAUGAUGGGACCUGUAACAACCUGAAACACCCUUCCUGGGGCAUGGCUUCGUGCUGCUUUGAGAGGCUCGUCGAUCCAGAAUACGCAGACGGCACUGCCGACAAACGAUUGUCCCGAUCUGGUGGACCCCUCCCAUCACCCCGACGCAUUUCGCUGGAGAUCCACUCCCACUUCGACAACCCGACAGACUACGUCACCCACGCAUUCAUGACCUUUGGCCAGUUCCUUGACCACGACAUCUCUCUCAGUCCCCUAAGCCAAGGACCAAACAAUGAGAUUCUGGAUUGCUGUCCUGUGAGUGAAGAAGAUCCACCACAGUGUGAUCCCAUCCUCAUAGACCAAGACGAUCCCUUCUUCCGGAAUUUCGGGAUCACCUGUUUGAGCAACGUCCGUUCCACCAUUUGCUCCACCUGUUCCUUAGGACCCAGACAACAGACCAAUCAGCUCACAGCUUACAUCGAUGCUUCGCACAUCUACGCACUGACAACCGAGGAGGCUAUGGCUCUUCGAAAUAGGGAUGGAAGUGGAACCUUGCGGUCCGUGAAUGUAGGGCAAGUCGGGGAACUGCCCCCAGGAAGUUCCAUUCCAAACGACGAUCAAUGCAGUUUUCAAGAUACAGAAUUUGACUGCUUUGAAACAGGUGAUCAGAGAGCCAAUCAGCACCCCGCUCUGACUUCUCUACACAUUAUUUCCCUAAGAGAACACAAUAGGAUUGCCAGGCGACUUCGAGAAAUCAAUCCAAGCUGGGAUGAUGAGAGGCUCUAUCAAGAAUCAAGGCGAAUUGUCGGCGCAGAGCUGCAAAUGAUCACCUACAAUGAAUUUCUACCUUUGGUGCUCGGACCUGAACGCAUGGAAUGGUUUGAUCUGUCCGUACGUCGUUCUGGUUACACACAGUACGACGAUACCAUCCCCGCAACUUUAGUCAACGAAUUCUCGACCGCUGCCUACCGAUUUGGACAUUCCAUGAUCAAUGGUUUCUUUCCAGACACCCGAGGAUCGGACAGGGGCAACAUGUUGAGAGACAUGUUCCAAUAUCCCUUCGAAUUAUACAGGGGACAGCUAGAUGGUAUUCUAGGAGGACUGACAGACUCACCGUCACAGAAGUUUGAUCGAAACAUCGUCCGGGACGUAACCAACCAUCUGUACCAGACUAGGGGCAACCAGAGCGGCCUCGACUUGGCCGCCUUGAACAUUAACAGAGGAAGAGACCAUGGAAUACCUGGGUACACACGAUUGGUGGAAUUCUGCGGAGGACCUCAGAUCACCAACUUUAGACAACUGGAUCAAUUGUUCCAAAGAGGAGUUCGACAACUCUUCGAGAGGGUCUACGAGAGUGUAGAAGACAUCGAUCUCUUCUCGGGGGGUCUCGCCGAACGACCCAACCAAGGGGCAGUAGUUGGACCCACUUUCACCUGCAUCAUAGGCAUCCAAUUCUACCACCUCAAGUACGGAGAUAGAUUCUUUUUCGAACACGGAGGACAAGCUGGCUCUUUUUCACCUGAUCAACUCAGAGAAAUAAGAAGGACGACACUGGCGAACCUUAUUUGCCAAAACACUCAGAUCCAGCAGAUCCAACGAAAUGCCUUUUUAUACAGAGGAGCGAGCCAAGUGUGUUCGAAAUUAGCCAAAGUUGCCAAUAUCAGCGAAACCUGGCAACCCUAA